CUCAGAUCGCAAAAGUGUUUCUUUUUUCAAUCAUAAACCGUUUGCUGAAGUUAAAUCAUGAAUCGUCGACUACUUGUAGAUCGCACUAAUCUUUGAUCAUGUAAAAAUCAAAAUGACCACGAAAAAAGAUGAAGUCACACCAUCGCCAUGCCAUUGCCUUUAUCGUCCUCUAGGACGACUACCGCAAACUCUUCGCGCUAGUACCCGAAUCCGAGCUACAACAUCGAAACGACUUCGUCCAACAUGUUGCAUCACUCGAUCCGCAUCUAUCAUUCGACGCCUCACGACAACGCUCCUGCUGGCGAAUACGAUUCUAUUUUCACUUUGCGGAUCGACAACACAUUUCGUGUCGGCAUCCACGUUUCACCGUAUCAAGCAGUUUCAGCAGAGUGUACACGAAAGCAAACGACGAGCGGAAGAAGAAGGAAGAGCUAGGGAGAGUGAGAUUGUAGAUCGGCAAAAUUCAAACAACCGAGGAACGUGGCUCGAGCGGGCAAGCGAUUGGGUCAAAGCGCGUGCGACGCCAAGACCAGAAACGCCUC